GAACUGCAUAGUAACUAGUGAAGCAAGAGGCAACUAUGAGGCUCAUCAUAGCAAUCAUUAUUUGCAUGAUAGUGAAUGUCAUUAGUGUGGAGAUACCCCCUGCAGAUUACUUUGAUGAAAACAUUGAAAAUGAGUCUUGUCCAGAAGUAGAAAGAGCUGAGGAUGAAAAGGAUCUAGUACUCAUUGAUGGUGAUAUAUUAGUGAGUAAAGAACAAGCAGCAAUAUACUAUGAGAGUGGCUGGGAUGGACUAGUAAACUCUGAAGCAUGGAGUCCAACUAAAGCAAGAUGGAGUAAAAGGAUUCCUUACCAAGUUGGAGCAGGAAUAAGUGCCCCUGUAACCGUAGGGGACGGGCGUAUAAAAGCAAAUGUUGAAAAUUCUAUUGCAGAGCUUAAUGGAAGAACCUGCCUAUCGUUUGAAGCCAAGACUUGCAAAGAUACAGCAUUCAUUAAAUUUGUUAAAGGAGAUGCAUGCUAUACAAUAGAACUUGGUAAACCAAACCAUGGUGCAAGGACUAUUUCCUUAGCAUACAGUUGUGGUGGGACUGCAAAGAGAGCCAGGACGCCAGCACACGAGGUGAUGCAUACACUUGGUAGAGCUCAUGAACAAACUAGAUCAGACAGAGAUGAUUAUGUCACCAUUGAUGCUAGAAAUACAUGCAGUACCCAAAUGGCUAAAAACAACAAUUUCCGACUUUAUGGAAUAGGCUAUGACUUUUUGUCUGUCAUGCACUACAGUCAAUGGCAAUGUGCAUUUUAUUACGCAUACCAAGGUCAACAGCUACUAGUCCCUUCAAUGAUUUUUAAAUAUAAAGGUAAAGCUGAUGAUGUUGGGCAGAGGCUGAUACUAUCAGAUAAAGAUAUUCAACACAUUAAAGCUGUUCACUGUCCAAGUAUGAUGAUGAGACUGGUUGGAGGGAGAGAUAACAGUGAGGGACGUCUUGAAGUUAAUAAUGAAGAAGUUUGGGGAACUGUUUGUUCUGAUGGAUUUGAUAGAAAUGAUGCUAAUGUUGUAUGUAAGUAUCUGGGUCGUCCUGAUGUAGAGGAG